GAAAAUGCGUACUCUACCGAUUCUAUGGCGUAUGGCUGAGGACUUGAGACGUUUGGCUAUGCCAUCGUCACCCUUCUUCGAGUAUCCGUGGACAACCAGUUAUCGUUGGGCUCCGUUUGCUCACAUGAAUCGUAUGCUGGAGGAAGACAUGACCAAGUUCAGCAAGGAUGGUGGUUACCAAGUCUCCAUGAAUGUUUCGGAAUUCAAACCGGAAGAAUUGUCCGUCAAGGUAGUGGAUAAUAAUGUCAUUGUUGAGGGUAAAUCGGAACAACAUCACGACAAUGAUGGCGGUUAUAUAUCGCGUCAUUUUGUACGACGCUUUACAUUGCCCAAAGGCUAUGAAUCGGACAAUGCUAUAUCAACGCUCACCUCGGAUGGUAUCCUAACCGUUAGUGUACCGAAGCCACAAAUUGAAGAAAAGGCUCGUGAGAUACCAAUACAACGUGCUGAGACGGAGUCUAUAAAAUCUGGACAAGAUGCGAAAAGUUCGGAAAAUAAGAAAUAA